AUGGCACCUCACGCAACCGGCGACAGCAACAUGGGAAACAGCGACGCUCCUCUUACCAACGGCGACACGCCCAGCUCAAAAGUCUUGUCGCACCUGACGUCGUACCCCGUUGUGCACGACGGCCUCGAGACAUUCAAGACGCACCCGUACGGCGAGCGCGCGCUGAACCUCGCCAACACCACGUACAAGACGCUCGUCGAGCCGCUGCACCCCUACCUGAGCACUCCCUACUCCUACGUAAAGCCCUAUCUUGCGCGCGCCGACCAGCUGGGCGACAACGGCCUGUCGACGCUCGAGCACCACCUGCCCAUUGUCAAGCAGGACACGCAGACGCUCAAGGAGUAUGCCUACUCGCCCGUCCACUACGUCCAGGACGCCUGGCACGACGAGUACACAAAGACGCAGUACAACAAUGGCGUCAUCAAGAUGGGUGUCGCUGCCGUCAGCUUCGAGCUCAGAAUGGUUAGUGAUGCGUGUGAUGUGCUGCUUGCGUACCUGAACAAGGGCAAGGAGCACACCAAGAAGAAGAUGGAAGAGGUGAAGCAGUAG